GUUUACUGUUCUUAUAAACUUCACGUGACAGCCAUCCUCACACAUUUUCAAUUAUGUUCAGGUCGGGGGAGAGUGAUGGCCAAUCGAGAAUAUUUAUAUUAUUUUGUAGAAACCAGUCGCGAACAUUACGUGCUCUAUGAAUACUAGCAUUAUCUUGUUGAAAAAUAAAAUCUUCAUUCCCUAUUGCACUGCUAAGCUUACAUUUCUCAUUCUGCAGAAGUUUAAUGUAACUUUUAGAGCUUUGUCUACCUUCUAUUACCACUAAACUAAUCGGUCCGUUAUAUGAUAUUGCACUCCAGAUCAUUAGUGACCUUGCAUCGUUUCGCUUACCAGUAAAUACACCUUAAGAAUUUGAUUUCGGAAAUAUUGAUUCAUGGCCACGAUGGUUGACAAGGUUUGAGAAAUAUAUGCUAUUAAUAGGAGCAAAAUCUGACCAUAAAAAAAACCUACUAAUUUAUUGCAUGGGGGAAGAAAGCUUGGAAAUUCUCAACCAAAUUGGAAAACUGAAAAGUAUGAUGAAUUAACUAAAAAAAUUAACGAAUAUUUCAAUCCAAGAAGGAAUUUCAUAUUUCAUAGAGCAAAAUUUAAUAGGAGAUCGUAAUUACAAGGUGAAUCUGUGGAUGAAUUCAUUAAACAUAUAUACCAACUAUCUGAAAAUUUUAAUUUUGAAAAUAUCUCAAAAAAAUAAAUAUUGCGUGAUAAGCUUGUAGCGGGAAUAUUAGAUAAAAACCUAUCAAUUGCGAAUGAAAAGCAAUUUUACAUAAGGGGAAACUAUUCAAAUUGUUAGAGAGUGGGAAAUUCAGAAGACCCAAACUAAAGAAUUGUUGGAAGAGAAAGAGAUAAAUGUGAUUAAAAAAAAUUCAAAGGAUUAUAAAAAUAAAAUGACAUCGAGACCUAACAACUGUCCAUAUUGCGGUUAUGAUCUUCAGCGUUCUAUGUUUCCAGCACGCAACACUUUGUUUUAGUUGUGAAAAUAAAGGGCAUUAUGCAAGGACGUGCAAAAGAAUAAAAAAUGUUAAAUCAUUAGAAGAAACAACUACAGGUAUUAAAGACAAUUAAUUUUUAUGGUCAAUCAUUGGAAGUAAUAUUGAUAGUGCAUGGUUUUGUAACAUACAUAUAAAAGCAUUUAAUAAAGAGAGUAGUUUUUUAAUAGAUUCAGGGGGCCGACAUUGUAUGUGUUGACUGUCACUGUCAAUUAGUUCUAGAUAAUAAGAGCCAAUUAUUAACAACAUUCAUCUACCCUUUUGGUAUAAAUAUAAAAGAUUACCUUUUGGCUUAAACGUUCCACAUAAUAUUUUGUUUCUAAAUUAGCAAAAAUCUUUAAAAAUCUAGAUGUAAUUUUGCAUGUUGAUGAUAUUCUUAUUUUUCAUAAUACUAUUGAGGGUCAUGAUAAAUGUUUGAGGGAAUUCUAAGACGUCCAGAAGAAGGGCUAAUAAUAAAUCAAGAUAAAUGUAUAAUUGAUGUCCAAGAAAUUAAGUUUUUAGGUUUCGAUAAUAGCAAUAAAAGAAUAUCCUACUCCUGAAAACAAAACUGAGCUUUAAAGAUUUUUAGGAAUGGUAAAUUUUGCUUCGAGACAUCUAAAUAAAAAAGCAGAAUGUUUAGAACCUAUAUACAUAUAUAGUUUACUUAGAAAAGAAGUUGAAUUUCUAUGGGGUCCUGUUCAAGAGAAAGCUAUGGGAAGAUUGUAAAAAUAUUGCCGUAUAGAUCUUACACGAUAGAAACCGAUGGAGGACAAUAUAGAAGAAAUAAAUGGCAUUUGAUUCUGGCUUCAUUUGUUAAGAAUGAUAAUGUAAAUCUCAGAAGAUCUGAUAGUUUUAAUAGUCUUUGUAGGACUUCACCGUCAAAUUAUUUUCAAAAUAAUUUAAUUAAUCCUAUUGAUCAUAAUCUGAUGAAUAAAAAUUUGGAUAGAUUAGAUAAUAGAGCUAAAGAAACUAUAGGAUCGUUUGUGAAUGACUCGAAUGUGAACUGCUGUCCUGCUAUACAGAGAGGGAAACCUGGGUGGUUAAAAGAUUUUGUUGAUUAAGGAAUGAGGCACUGUUAAUCUAAUUGUUAAUAAUCUAUUCCUAUAAAUUGAGAAGUACAUCAUUGUGUUUGAUGUGUUGACUAAGAAUUGUUUAUGGUGAAUUGUAUAAUACUGUUAUAAAUUCUUUAUGAAUAAAAUAAAUAACAUAGCAAUAUGUGCAAGAGGAUGUAGUGUUGGCAGCACUGGUUCUUGCUCUCUCUCUGCUCAAGAGGGCUGCGAUGAUUAUUGGGCUCCUGAGAUAGUAAGUUCUUUUAUUUGUUUAAGUUACCAACUAUAAACCCCUAUUACAAAAUAUGGCAAAUAAUACACUGCUCUCUGCUAUUAUUGAAUUAUUUGGUUAUUGCUUACUUAUUGUUUUACGCGUUAGUUUGGUAAGUUUAUCAAUUUACGAAAAUGUGGACGUAAAAUAACACGAUUUAUCUCUCGUUUAGAAUCCUAUGAAAGUUUAUAAAUUUAUUAAUUUGCGGUUCUUGUUAUUUUCCGCUGAGAUGAAUGGGCGCACCUGAUAUUUGGGUAUGGAUA